GUCGCACAGCUUCUCAGCAGCACCUCCAGCGCCUCUCGACACCCACCAAGACGAGCGGCAGCGGCGCAGCGGCAAUUCGCACGGGCUCUCCGCUCAGCUACAGCAUCGGCCACUAGAAGCGCGAUUCUUUGCAGCAGCAGCGGCAGAAUUACCCCAGCAGGGCAGAUAAUAAUACUAGCAGCAGCAGCAAUUACACCCGCAACCGCAACCGCAACAACAACAGCAGCCCGUUCGCAAUGGCCAGUGGGGGGAAAUGGCGCGAGGAGCAGAUCCUCAUCAUCUGCCCCGGCAGCAGAACCACUAUGGCCCAGCUGGGCUGUGGCGAGCUGUCACCUCCGGCUCAUCGCAUCCCCACGAGGAUGUUCAGGGACGACGAGGACCCGCAGCAGUGGCGGCCGUAUUACACGUACAAGCGCACCAAGAUGAUUGACGGCGUGGAGCAGGAGGAGUGGGUGGAGGAUGUGGACGAGGACAAGGGCGCCGUAUGGCCAAUUGAGGGUGGCCGCAUCGUCCAGAUGGACGCCUUCCUCGCCUUCCUCGAUCACGUCCACGGCCUACUCACCACCACAUAUCACAACACUCCCAUCAUGCUCAUGGCAUCCCCUCAAUGGACGCGGCCCGACUGCGAGAUCAUUGCGCGGUACAUCUUCGAGAAGACAAAGACGCCUGCGCUCUGCUUGAUCCACAGCGGCAUCGCCACCCAGUACGGCCUCAAGUGGCCCAACAUGACCGUCAUCGACAUUGGCUACGAAAAGGUCGACGUCACGGCCAUCCACGACGGGCGCGUCAUCAACCACAUGGACCUGGGCAGCCCGCAGCCCGACCGACACAUUAGCGGAGGAGAGGUCUUUACGCAGAAACUUCAGCAGCUGCUGCAGAGCAAGGGCUUCAACCACGACAUGGCGGAGCAGCUGAAGAAGAGCGGCAUCUGCGAGGUGCUGCCCUACGCCCCGACUCGGAAGGGCCUCGUUGAGCUUCCCGUCGAGGCUCCCUCCAACGCAUCACAGUCCCAGUCGCGCACAGCAACCCAAGGUGGCACAACAACAGAACAAGGUGCUGACUCAACCGCAGAGAUACCGCGGAUCAACGAGCCGUCGGAUGUCACCAUGGAGGAUAACGAUGGCCUCGACACCAACGUUGAUGAAGAUGGCGUCCUGGAUGUGGCUAGCAUUGUCACCAGCGGCCAGACCAAGGAAUUUCUCGCUAAGAAAGAGAAGGAAAAGGAAAAGGGCAAGCCUGGGCGUAAAUCCAACAAGGAGAAGGAGGCUGAGGCGGCAGCUCAAGCAAGACCCGUGCGGCAGCCCAACUCCAAGAAGAUGCGCAACACCUUCUCGUACGAAGAGAUUGUCAUGGAGGAGGUUCCCAAAGAGGUGCCGGCGCCUGCACCCGCACCCGCGCCUGCACCAGCGCCAGAAUCCGUAUCUAUGCCUAUCCAUAUGCAGGGCGUGGAGAGCAGCACCGGCGGAGAGGUUCCCGCCUCAGAUUCAGCACCAGAGCCGGCACAAGGAUCGGAGGUUGAUGCGGAGGCUAAGCCCCCCGCCACUCUCCGGCCCAAGCGUAUCCGCCGCGACAUCGAAGUCGGCCUGGAGCGCUUCCUCUUCGCCGACCGCAAUGAAAUCGACCGCAUCGCCAGCACCAUCUACCGCACCAUCCAGGGCGUCGAGGACAUGUACAUGCGCCCGGCCUGCUGGGACAACCUCGUCUUCGUCGGCAACGGCUCGCGGCUGCGCGGCCUCAAGGACAACAUUCUGCAGACGCUCAACGCGCGCCACCUCAUCUCGCCGUCCACGGCCACCAUGUUCACGUCGGAGCUGCCGUCCAACGUCGCCACGCCCGCCGGCACCGGCUCGCAGACGCCCAUCGGCUCCUUCAACGGAGUGCCGCACCAGCUGUCCAGCAGCGGUGUCAACCCGCUUCUCCAGGCGGCCACGACGGCGGCCACCUUUGGCAUCCCCGGCAGAGACACGAUCCAAGUCGCUACCGGCUCAACACCCAAUGUCGGGUCCGAGGCUGCUGGACCCGCCAGUGGCCACCACUUCCACAGCCAGACGCCCACCAGCAUCAAGACCAUUGCCCUGCCCACGUAUCUGAGCGAGUGGAGCAAGAACGGCUUCGAGGAGGCCAUGUUCCUGGGCGCCCAAGUGGCUGCGAGGAUAGCCUUCUGUCUGCACUCCAACAUGGACGCUCAGGCCAUCGAGGCGCAGAAGUCAAUGAGCCUGAGCAGAGUCGACUACAAUGAACACGGCCCCAAGGGUAUCCGAACACAUUCCAUGCUCAGCUAAACCAAAAGACCACCAGCUCUCGCUUGGAGUAAGGAUUGAUUCUAAACCGGUUCUUUUUUUCUUUCUUUUUUUUUUUUUUUUUUUAAUGUGCAAUUUCCCUCGUGCUUCGUUGCCUUUUUUUCGAGUAGGAUAACUGCCAAAAUUUCUUUCUCUCUCUUUGUUUUCUUCCUCUCUCUCAGAAAUCUUUCAUCUUAUCUGGAGUUUUAAACGGACGGCACGGACGGCGUGUCAGAUGAAAUCGUGAACUGUUAAAAAGAAAAAAACCUAUUGGGGGGGAGGAAUGGGAGGACAGCUUCCCGCGACUUAUUUUUGGGAGGGUAGAAUAUUAUUGUCCCCAACAUAAAGGAGAAUGAGAGAUACCAUGAAUGCUCAAACUUGUUAAC